GCCGCCUCUUUUUGCCCUCGCGCGCCUGCCUGCGUCAGCGCGCUGUGAUGGAGGAGGAGGAGGAGGCCGAGGAGCAGCAGCGAUUUUCUUACCAACAGAGGCUAAAGGCAGCAGUUCAUUACACAGUCGGUUGUCUUUGUGAGGAAGUUGCAUCAGACAAAGAGAUACAGUUCAGCAAACAAACCAUUGCAGCAAUUUCGGAGAUGACUUUUCGACAGUGUGAAAAUUUUGCUAAAGACCUUGAAAUGUUUGCAAGACACGCAAAAAGAAGUACAGUUAACACAGAAGAUGUGAAGCUCUUAGCCAGGAGGAGUAAUUCACUGUUAAAAUACAUAACAGAGAAAAAUGAGGAGAUUGCUCAGUUGAACCUAGAACGAAAGGCAAAGAAGAAAAAGAAGUCAGAGGAUCGAAACAAAAAUUCAAGGGAGUCAGCAGAGGAUGGAGAAGUGGAAAAUGAAAAUUAAAGUCUCUACUUGGAAAAAGCAGGCUUCAGCAGGUGGAGCCACCUAGAAAUGCAUAGUGCUGUUUCAGCCACCAAGUUUGGCUGCCCUUUUGCCAAACACAAAAGACUUCAAAGUCAAAUAUUGAUGCAAGGACUGGAAGUUUUAGUUUCAGGACCAGCACCUAAGGAGACAGUCAGACUAAAACUGUCAAAGGCUCAGGAGCCUCAGCAAAAUUUUAAAGGGAAGAGUGUGGGAAACAAAACGGGGAGGUUAUUCCUAUCAGGGGCUGCUACAUGCACUCUUGCAGACUCCGGGCUAUUCAUUAUCUCAUGGGAGUCUUGUAACUCUUCACCUUAAGCUGGAUGUCGUCUUGUUCCCAGACAGGAACAAGCUGUGACUUCGAAGGACGAAUGGUUAGUUCUGUAAGUUACUGAUUAGCUUUAUUACCUUGCUUUUCUUAAACACUAAGUUCUGCAUUGUUUACCCAUGAGCUAGGCUGUGAGUCAAAGUUACAAAAAGACUUCUUUAUGGCUAGCAUUCUGCUUAAAGCUGUAUUCUACAAAAUGGCUCUUCUAGGGCUAAUUGUCUACAACUAUUUGCUGUGGUGGGCUCUUACAUUGCCACAAAAGGAAUUUUGAAGGGAUACUAGCAUUCUGCUUAAAGCUGUAUUCUACAAAAUGGCUCUUCUAGGGCUAAUUGUCUACAACUAUUUGCUGUGGUGGGCUCUUACAUUGCCACAAAAGGAAUUUUGAAGGGAUGAAUAGAUAUUUAAAAAGAAAAAAAAAAAAAGGCUCGGCAGCUUUUUGUGCUGUAUUCUCCAAGUUAUUAACUGGAAAAGCUAGUUUAAAAGAGACCUGGAAACUCUUAAGCAAAAUACUCCCAUGUCUUUACUCAAGCACAUAAAGAAGGUGUGUGUUUGAAUGGUAUAUAUUGGAAAUUAUA